GUAAAACCAUUUCUGUAAUUACGGAGCGAAGCAAAGCGAAGUAAAGCGUUUCCAAGCGCCGGAGGUUACUGAAGAAGAGAGAGGGAGGAAUGGAGCUCUCGCUCGACCUGAUCUCGUAGAAAGCUUAUCCAGGCCCUCCGUGAUACGAUGAUGAUUCGCCUUGGGUCGCACCGAUCAACACGUCCUACUCCAUGUCCUUUGCUGUAUACUGUAUACUGUACUGUACACUACUCGUUCGAGUAGAUCAUACAUGGACCCACAGCCGUUUAUCGACUGACAAUCCUACCCAUCCAUCCAUUCAUCCAUAUCACGCGCGCGCGAGAAAACUCGUUCGAAGUACUGUACAACGAAAUGAAAGGAGGAUUCGCCAGUCAAAUCCUGACGAUUUUGGCCGAACCCGGAACAAGCAGUCAGUUGCCUUUAUGGGUAGGUACUAUAAAGUACAGUAACAUUUUUUCGCAAAGCCUCAAUCAAAUAUACCAAAAAAAGAAUCCUGAUUGUUCUGGAGAUCCCAAACUUUGUUUCUUGCACAGGACAGGUACCUGUACUCGAGUGAAAUAUGAUUCACUUUGUCCACACCACCCCCCCCCCCUCCCCCCACCUGUUCGUUGUUUGUCCCCACCUUCCUACCCUCCAGCUCCAGCUCUCUGGAAGGCUACACAAACGCAUCCGGCCCGGAACAACCGGUGCGGGGGUGGGUGAGGGGGGCAUUUGAUUCCUUGCAAAAAAAGAUGGUCGGGAGCUACUGUAACUUGUACGAGUUCUGUACUCGUACUUGUAAAUGCAAGGAUUGCAGCUAAGCUACAUACCUG